AUGUCAAAACCCUCCCUCGACUCUGACUUGUAUGGUGACAUCUAUGGCGACGAGCUCCAAGACUUUCUAGACGACGACGGCACUGCCAACGACGCUACUGAACAAACUUCCACAGAACCCCAGGACGCUUCAGACGAUGCUAACCGCUCAGCCUCGCCCCAGCAAGCAAUGGACACGUCAAGCUCAGACAACACCCAGCCAGGCCAGCUCUCUUACUCGGCACAAAUCGCUCAGCAGUUUUCUGCCUACAAGCAGACGCCCAGCCAGGAGCGCCAGCAGCGCGCCGCCCAGCGCCCCAUCCCCCGCGUGGAUUCAUCCACACCCGCUGCCUCGUCCUCAGACAGCAUAUUCGGCAAAAAGCCGUCAGAAAUGCACGAUGCUGGAGACUACUUUGAACAAUUUGGCAAGGUUGACGCAUGUACCAUCAUGCGCGAUCCAAAUACAGGCACCUCCCGUGGCUUCGCAUUCCUUACUUUCGAGGACCCAAACUGCGUAGACCUCGUCCUCAAGCAAAGUCACUCUCUCGAUGGCAAAGCAAUUGACCCUAAACGCGCUAUUCCACGCGAAGAACACCUCCGAAACACUCGCUUCUUCGUCGGCGGCCUCGCACACUCCACGACCUCUGAAUCAAUGAAAGCCUUCUUCUCCUCCUACGGCAAGGUCGUAGACGCAACCGUCAUGAUGGACAAGGAAACAGGCCGUUCCAAAGGUUUCGGAUUCGUCACUUUCGAAGACGUCGGGACCUCGUUGAACCAUAUCGUUGGGAAGAUUGGGUUGGUGUUGGACGAUAAGGAGAUCGAAAUUCGCCUCGCACAAGCCAGAAACCAACGGGACCAGACCCGCAACCUCGUGAAUAAGAUAACAUCCGACAGAGGCUCCACACCCGACCGCUCCUCUACCACGCCUUCACCUGCACUUUCCCUCCCAGCCCUCAACCUGGCUCAAAUGGGUCCAAUGGCGGCCAUGCUUUUCAACCGCUCAAUGGGUAACUUGGGCGCAAUGAACAUGGCAAAUAUGAACAACAACCCCAUGUCCAUCCCCAACACGCCCAUGAACAACAUGGGUAUGCCGAUGAAUAUGUCGAUGAACAACAUGAACCCCGCAGCAGGAGGCGCAAUGCCCCUCAACGUGAUGGCGGCGAUGAACCCAAUGAUGCUCGCCAGCCUCAACAUGGCCAACCUCGCGUCCGGAAAUGCCAGUGGCGGAAAUUCAAACUCUGCCGGCGCACCCAUCCAGAACCCACUAAACGCUAUGGCGGGGAUGAAUAUGAUGCUGAUGAACGGUCUCAACCCCACCAUGCGCAUGGGUAUGGGCGGUAUGAUACCCGGUAUGGCUGGCGCUGCAGGGAUGCAACAGGGCAUGGCCGGGAUGAUGAACAACAGCGGUCGCGGAAAGCCUGGCGGGAUGCAACCCAAUGGACUCGGCCCCGCGCGUACUCACGGUGCGAUGAGGAAGCAGCAAGGUUUCCAUCCCUAUUCGCGCUGA